CAAAACCCUAAUUUAGCCAAAUCACAAAAUCACAAACGUUUCAAGGUAAUGGAUCGAGAAUCACUAGAGAAACGACCUGCGAUCUUCGUAGUCGGAUCCCCCAACGUUGGCAAACGGACACUAUUCUCAAGACUACUUAAGGUGGAUUUUGAUGAUGACUCAGAUACAUCACUUGAGUUAUCCGUCAAUGGGUGGACGAUCAACACUAAGUAUUACACUGCAGAUGUUGCAGUAUGGAUAGCUAAUCUUUCUGAUGAGUUAUCCAUUACAAGCUUUCCAGAUGUGAAUUGGAUAGUUGCCUUGGUUAUGGUGUUUGACACCAGUGACCUCACAACACUAGUUGCUCUAAAAGAAUGGGUUUCACGCACUGACAUCCAGAAGUUUGAAAUAUUGCUUUGCAUUGGUAACAAGGUGGAUCUUCUUCCUGGACAUCCAUCACAUGUAGAGUACAAGAGACGCUUGAUGAAGCUUGGUGACACCUCUGUCAAUUCUCAUCUGGAAUUCUCUGAUUAUGGCAUAUCUGAGACUGAAGGAAGUAGUUUAAUGGGAAAUGAAGAGCCAUCCUUAGGAUUUAAGAUAUCUUGCAUAGAGUGGUGUCUGGAACACAAUAUUGAAUAUGUUGAAGCUUGUGCAUCGAAUGCUGAUUUUGAUCAAUGUCUCUCUGUUGAUGGUGAUUCACAGGGUGUUGAUAGACUUUAUGGUGCUCUCUCUGCUCAUAUGUGGCCUGGAAUGUUGUUGAAAUCUGGUGACAGGAUAAACGAGCCUUCAUUGCCUGAGCAAGAAGAGUUGUCCGAAGAAGAAGAAUCUGAUUAUGAACCUGAAUAUGAAGUAUUAUCUUCUGCUUCAGCAGAACCAUGGGAUGAUAUAGGAUGGAUGUCUGCAGAUGGUCCCAUUUCUACCUCAGAAAGUGGGAUGCCUAUGGAAAAGGUUCCUGAAACUUCAGGUAGAGAAAGUGAAGAUAAAUCCAUCAGAGAAGAGAACCAGCGGUCAACAUCAGCCUCUCAGUUGCCCAAAGAGCUUGACCAUGAGAAGGCAUUUGAAGCAGACUCAACAUCAGAGCUUAAUAAUGAUAAAACUUAUGAAUUUGAAGAUUUGGAAAUGCUAAUGGCUGAAAUUGGUAACGUGCGCAAUGGCUUGAGGCUGAUGCCUGAUUUCCAGAGGAGGGAGAUGGCUGCAAAGCUGGCAAUGAAAAUGGCUGUGAUGUUUGGAGACAGUAGUGGUGGUGAGGAGGAGGAGUUGGAGUGAAAGGAAUAUAGCAAUAGUAUCAGCUUGAGUAUGUAUUUGAGUAUUACUGUCACUGUACAAGGAAAAAUUAGUAUCAGCUUGAGUAUGUAUUUGAAGAGAAGCAGGGAAGUUACAAGUAUCAACUGAAAUUCACCUGCACUAAGAACUGUGUUGUUGCUGUAAUAGAAAGCGUCCUGUCUGCUGGACAAUGGAGAAUCACAAGUGAAGUUCAGAGGUUAGUUAGUUCUCAAGGGAGAUGACAGUAUUUUAUAUUGGUUUAUUGAAUAUUCUGUCGAACUUUGAACAUGGAACAAUGCAUAGACAGGGUUUGAUAUUUGUUAUUCUUGGAAGAUUGUGAGUGAAUCCAAGUACAACAGGUUUAUGUGUUUAGGUUAAAUGAAGAAAACUUGAUGAAACAGAUUUGACAUGCUAUAGUUGUGAAAGCAAAGGAUGAUUUCAGUUAUUGUUAA